AUGGCGCACGUGCUAGACGGCAAAACGGCUGUAGGCUCGUGGGACGGCGAGAACAUUCUGUCGAUUGCACAGUUCGGCAAGGAGAGCGCCCAACGUGUGCUUUGCGUGGCUGAUGAGAUGAAGCAGAUGGUCCAGACGCAGGGUGCAAGUGACCUGCUCAAGGGCAAGCUGUUGGCCAACGUGUUCAUGGAGCCGUCUACACGCACGAGCAGCUCCUUUCAAGCUGCGAUGAAGCGUCUCGGUGGCCUUGUGGUGUGUGUCAAUGAGAGCUCGUCCAGCAGUCAGAAAGGAGAGACAUUGUAUGACACAAUCCGGUGCCUUGAGUGCUACGCCGACGUGAUCGUACUUCGCCACCCGGUAAAAGGCAGCGCUUUGAUAGCUGCUGAAGCUACAAAAAAGCCUGUGCUGAACGCUGGUGACGGUGUGGGUGAACAUCCGACGCAGGCUAUGCUGGAUCUGUACACAAUUUACAGCGAGGUCGGUGACCUGGAUAAUCUAAAGGGCAAGGUUGUUACGAUGGUUGGUGACCUCAAGUAUGGCCGUACGGUGCACUCACUGUCGAGACUACUGGCAAUGUACGGCACGACGUUCAACUAUGUGUCGCCCGAGAGCUUGAAAAUGCCGCGCGAUGUGUACGAGGAGCUGGCUGCGCAGGGUAUCCGACAGAUUGAGACAACUGAUCUGGACAUAGUCAUCAACCAGACCGACGUGCUCUACGUGACGCGUGUGCAAAAGGAACGCUUUGAGUCCGAGGCCGACUACAACACAGUGAAAGACAGCUUUCGCAUUACAUUGGACACGAUCAAGGAUGCAAAGACAACGCUGGUUAUCAUGCAUCCGCUACCACGGGUUGGAGAGAUUGCCGAAGAGGUUGACAAUGAUCCGCGCGCUGCAUACUUUCGCCAGAUGGAGAAUGGUAUGUACGUGCGCAUGGCCCUGCUCGCUCUUGUGUUGGGCAGAGCAUAG